UAGCCGCCCGCCUCCCCUGAGGGCUGUUUGCGCCGGUCUCCAAGGCGGGGUCGGCUCCGCCUCUUCGCGGCGGGGGCUCGGAGUCUCUACUUGACCAAGCGUAACGUUCUUCCCCGCGUGUUGGGUUGCUACCUGUCCAAAGUGUGCCCUGGUGGUCUUCCUUACCUGGGGGUCAUUGACAAGAGCCAGGAUGAAAGGGCUCCUAAUAAGCAUUCCAGAGGAAGUCCCGGUGGGGAAGUGGCAGGAGGAAGCCCUCUACUACUAGCUGAAAGGCUGGUGGUUUGAACCCACCCAGAGGUGCUUCAGAAGACAGGACUAGCAGUCUGCUGCCAAGAGGGCACAGCCUGGGAGACCCUGUGGAGCACAUGGGGCCGCAAGGAGCCGGAGCCACCAGGACAGCACCUGCACCACCACUGAAACAGAGAGAAGCAUAGCAGACAGGCCUGCAGCUGCCAUGGUGUCCAGAGGCCUGGAGACCCAGAGCCCACAGGAGAACGGAAUGCAGAAAAUGCUGACAUCGCCGCUGCUCAGCCAAGCAAGCAGACACUCGUGACAGCCCCCUAAGAUGGCAACCACGGAUGCAGACUCUACCCGGGCUGCGCCUGAUCAAGACCAUGGCCAUCGCCGUGAAGGGGACGUAAAGGAGGAAGGGAUGGUUGCUGGGUUUCUGACAACUUGGUCGCAGGUGUCUCUGGCCUUUGAGGAUGUGGCUGUGGACUUUACCCCGGAAGAGUGGAUGUUGCUGGACCCUUCUCAAAGGACUCUCUAUCGAGAAGUGAUGCUGGAGACCUACAGGAACCUGGCAUCACUUGGCUGGAGGACGCAACUGAAAACCGAAGAGCCGACUUCCAAACAGGAGAAUUUUGGAGACAACAUGUUCAAAGGCCUGCCCAGGCAGGCGCUGGCUCCCGCGGGCUGCCCCCCGGACGAGAAGCCCCACUGGUGCGCCGAGUGUGGCCGGGGCUUCCUCCACCUCUCGUCCCUGCGGAGACACGCGCGCACGCACUCGGGCGAGAGCCCCUUCGCGUGCCAGCGCUGCGGCAGCGCCUUCUGUCACCAGUCGUCGCUGAAGACGCACAUGCGGACGCACACAGGCGAGAAGCCUUUCACGUGCGCCCAGUGCGGCAAGCGCUUCAGCACGCGCUCCUACCUGACGGUGCACGCGCAGAUCCACGCGGGCGAGAAGCGCCAUGCCUGUGCCGCCUGCGGGAAAGCCUUCAGCCGCAGCUCCUACCUGCGCGUGCACCAGCGGACGCACACGGGCGAGAAGCGCUACACCUGCGGUGACUGCGGCCGCGUCUUCGGCCACUCGUCCAACCUGCGGCGCCACGUGCGCACGCACACGGGCGAGAAGCGCUACCGCUGCGGCCGCUGCGGCAAAGCCUUUGUGCAGAGCUCCUCGCUGGUGGUGCACAGCCGCACGCACACCGGCGAGAAGCCCUACCCGUGCCCCGAGUGCGACCGCGCCUUCAUCGACACCUCCUCCUUCCGCAAGCACAUACGGACCCAUGCCCGGGAGAAGGCCCGCGCGUGCGGGCAGCGCGGCCACAAGCGUGGUGCCAGCGAGGGAAACCUCCGGAAUGCGGUGGAUAUGAGGCUGCCUUUACCCCUGGGCCUGCCUUAGCGCCCGUGCGGCCAGCAGGUCUCGCUGGGCCACUAGCCUACCCCUACCCAACAGCACCAAGGAGGAGAGACCUAGCUAUCCGUUUCCGUAAAGGAUGACAGCCCCCAAACCCGAGGGAGCAGCUUCACGCUGGAACCCAGCCAAUGGCCAGGAGUCGCAAUGAGGCGGGGGCAGCCCACCUUUCUUCCAGGGGGGCCACCGCCUCCCAACGUUCAGGUUAGGGCUCAUACCCAGCUUUUAAGAACUGCUGGGAAGCCAUUGUAGGACCCCUGGUGGUGCAGCGGGUAAACACUCCGCUGCCGAGAGGAGGUCACGUGGAGCCCACCAGCUGCUCAGUGCAGCCGUGUGUUGCGAUGCAGAGGUACAGCCUUGGGAACCCCGUGGGGGCGCUUCUGCUCUGUUCUGUGGGGAUGCCGUGAGUCACAGUUGAUUGGAAGGCACACGGUUGAGUUUGGGCUCACGUUUAUCCCAAGGAGCCCUGGUGGCCAAACGAUUUGGCGCUUGGCUAUUAACUGGCAGGCUGGUGGUCCACGACCACCCAGAGUUGCCUCAGAAGAAAGGCCUGGCGAUGUACUGAACUCAGCCACGGAAAACCCUGUGUAGUGAAGUCCUAACCCUGAAACAUGGAGUUGGAGGGGUAGGCGGGGAGGUGCCAUGCAUUGGAAUUGACCCAGCAGUAGCAGCUUGUCCUGGGGCGGUGUCUAGCAGAAAGGUUGGAGGUUCAAGUAUAGCCUGCAGUAUCUCAGAAGAAAGGCCUGGUACUUCUGCAAACUCGGCCCCGGAAGGCCUUAUGGAGGCAGUUCUGCCCUGACACUAGAGGGAGCACCAUGAAUCACAAUGGCGUGAUGGUAACCGUAUGUGGGGUUUAGGUGGCCCUGGUCAUUGUCCCACAGGAGUUGGGCCGUGUGGGAAGGGCUGAUUCUUCGCAUGUUUAUGACAAUCUCAUUUCUCAACCUGGCCCUGCUACCUAAAAAGACUGCUUUGACUCACAGGUCCAAACCCAAACCUCUCAUCAUUAAGUCCAUUUUGAUUCAAAGCAACCCUAUAGGGCAAGGUAGAACUGCCACUGUGAGUUUCUGAGACUGACACUCU